CAUUUAUUAGACACAACAAUACCACAAUGUUCUCAAAGGUCGCCAUUUUGUCUCUGCUGGUAGCAGUAGCACACAGUAGUGCUAUCCAUGGGGCUGACUACAACAGCUUCUCGUACGGUGUAUCUGACCCCCACACCGGAGAUGUAAAGAGUCAACACGAGACUCGGGUGGGUGACAAUGUUGUCGGACAGUACUCCUUACUGGAAUCUGAUGGUACUCGGCGGACUGUAGACUAUGCUGCUGACGCCCAUUCAGGAUUUAAUGCCAUUGUACGCAAGGACCCAGCUCUCGUCGCCCACGCCGCUCCAGCAGUCGUUGCAGCACCCGUCGCACACGCUGCUGUUGUUGCUGCUCCAGUUGCUCACGCAUCCUCUCUUGUCCAUGCUGCUCCCUUGGCGCUGGCUGCCCACGCCGCCCCUGUAGCCUAUGCUGCCGGACCCUCCGUGUCACACUCCGCCUACUCCACCUCCGUAGCUCACGGAGGAGUCGUUUCUGCUCCUAUUGCCCAUGCUCCAAUUGCCGCUCCCCUUGCCUACGCUGCUCCCUUGGCUCACGGUGCUGUUUUGUCCCAUGGUGCCCUCGCCGGUCCCCUAGUCCAUGGUUUAGCAUAUGGCGUUCAUGGUCUUGGACAGCCGAUACCAUUUAGAGGUUAUCAGUCAUUUAUUAGACACAACAAUACCACAAUGUUCUCAAAGGUCGCUCUUUUCUCUCUGCUGGUAGCAGUAGCACACAGUAGUGCUAUCCAUGGGGCAGACUACAACAGCUUCUCGUACGGUGUAUCUGACCCCCACACCGGAGAUGUAAAGAGUCAACACGAGACUCGGGUGGGUGACAAUGUUGUCGGACAGUACUCCUUACUGGAAUCUGACGGUACUCGGCGGACUGUAGACUAUGCUGCUGACGCCCAUUCAGGAUUUAAUGCCAUUGUACGCAAGGACCCAGCUCUCGUCGCCCACGCCGCUCCAGCAGUUGUUGCAGCACCCGUCGCACACGCUGCUGUUGUUGCUGCUCCAAUUGCUCACGCAUCCUCUCUUGUCCAUGCUGCUCCCUUGGCGCUGGCUGCCCACGCCGCCCCUGUAGCCUAUGCUGCCGGACCCUCCGUGUCACACUCCGCCUACUCCACCUCUGUAUCCCAUGGAGGAAUUGUCGCUCACGCUGCGCCUCUUGCCCAUGCUGCUGUAGCAGCUCCCCUAGCCUACGCUGCCCCCUUGGCUCACGGUGCUGUUUUGUCCCAUGGGGCCCUCGCCGGCCCACUCGCUCAUGGUUUAGCAUAUGGCGCUUAUGGUCUCGGACACUACUAAAUAUUGAUAUAGGAAUUUAUUUAUGUACCUACGUAAUUAAUAAUUAUGACGAUGGUUAUGAUUGUGGAGUGUAAGUGCUGUUAGCGAAUAAAAGCUCUUUACUUCUA